CAGCACCACCACCAUCGUCUUCCUUUCUUCUGAACCGUAUCCAAUCAUCUGAUCCAACGAUGUUCUGGUUCACAUCCGUCGUCGUCCUUCUCAUCGCUCUCUCGGCUAACGAUGUCGACGCCGCUAAGCGAUUCGGCAAAAAGAAAAACAAACCCUGGGAAGAUUCGGAUAGAGAUAGCGAGAAUGAUCUCCUAGUAACGAAGAAAGUUUUCUUCGAAAUGGAGAUUGAUGACGAACCAGCUGGUCGUGUUGUUAUAGCUCUGUUUGGUGACACAUGCCCCGUGACUGUUCAAAACUUUGCUGCCAUUGUCAGAGGAAACUGGAGACAAGAUAAACGAUUGAGUUAUAACAACACCCAGGUUCAUCGCAUCGUACCUGAUUUCGUCAUUCAGAUGGGUGACGUCACGGAAGGAGAUGGAACUGGAGGUAAGAGCAUUUAUGGUAACUUCUUCGCCGAUGAGAAUUUCUACCUACGUCACUGGGGACCCGGAUGGGUUGCUAUGGCAAACUCUGGUCCUGAUACCAACAAUUCUCAGUUCUUCAUCUUAUUGACUCGAGCUAGAUGGUUGGACGGCAAACACGUGGUCUUUGGAAAGGUUAUCGAAGGAAUGGACAUCGUUGAUAAGAUGGCUGAGGUAGAUGCUGAUGAUAAUGGUUUUCCUCUCGAACCAAUCAGAAUCGUUGACUGUGGAAUCAUCCCUGUCCCCACGCCAUACCUUAUAGCAAACCCAGACGCUGAGCCAUCUCAAGAAAAGAAGAAGGAUAAGAAGAAACAGUAGAUGAUCACCCAUUUUGACCCAACGGAACUAUUUCUUUAGCAGUCCUAUUUUGGGUACUUAUUUAAUCAUCCGUUGGGAUAUGUUUUUUGUUUUUAUAUAUAUCUAUCUCUGCCUAGUUUCCGCUCACCCAGUACACCUUUAAACUUCCCGUUUCAGCCUUCAUAUCCCUUUUUAAUUCACAUAUAAAUGAAAAUAUAAAAACAGAACUAGGCUUUUAAAUGGUUUUAAUAUUUCUCUUUAGGUUGUCGUAAACUAUUUUGUUUAUAUGGAAGAAAACAGGAUUUUUUUUGUCAACCCUAAUUUACUAUCUAUUAUAGUUUGAUUGUCUACAUGAAUACUUUAUGUCAGUUCUAUGAUUGUAGGAUAAAGUAUCUUUGACGAUAGACUAAUGGAGGCUAAUGUAUUACAUUGGCCAUGCACAAUAAUAAAUCAAUAUUCAUUCGCUUAGCAAUACAUGUACUUUAAAUUCACAAGUUUGUAUGCAUAAUGGAUCAAAUAAAAAGAAUUCAAAUGAACCCAUA